AUCUUCUUCGACAACAAAAAUAACACAAGCAAAAAUAUCAAAGAUGGCAAAAAUCGCAACUCCUUUGUUACUGGCACUACUCUUUCUGGUGGUGGCAGACGCCUCCGCUACCACCCUUCAAGAGAUUUGCCAAGGCACUUCCGACGCCAAAUAUUGUGUUACAUUGCUUAAAGGCACUGUUUCUUCCACGCCCACGGAUUUCAAGUCCCCAGUAUGGAAGGCAAAGGCCACUGAUCAGGCUCGGUUAAAAGUCGAAGCUGCUCUAAACUAUAUUCAACGCAAGAAUGACCCCCAACGUCAUGAUACUUGUCUUACCUACCUUCCUUUAGCCAUAAAUUCCAUCAAAGCUGGGGACUUGCUUGAAGCUUCAUCCAAUAUAGGUGAUUGUGCUGACUCUUAUGACGGUGACGGUAAAGUUGUUCAAGAUGCCAAACGUCUCGCCGAUGAAGCUUAUACAGCUACUAAUAUCGUAAAUGAGGUUAUUAAGAAGGCUUGACCACACUGCCUUACCCCCAAAAUUAUAUACUAAUAUAUAUUCAAAUUGCUUUGUCCAUAAUAAAGUUACACAAUUUUGUUAGUUGGGAAAUUUUUUUAUAAUUUUUUUUUUUUGUAAUUUUCAUCUAUACAGAAAGAGGAAAUCAGGUGUCAAAAAUUGGUGACACUUUUAGAAUAAGGAUAUUUCAUGAAUAAAAUUGUGGUGUUCAUUCUUUCUUUUUCUUUUUUCUUCCCCUUCGUUUCAAGAAUCUAGAAAUUUGGUUCUUUAGCAGUAACUACUGACAUGUCAAAUGCUCUUUCUCCAUUCCGACUUUUCAUCUCACCAUGCUUACGUUAUUUCUGAAAUGUGCUAAUAAUAUUUCAAUUGAAG